AACUCAAACACAAAAUGGUAUUCUGGCAAAAAAAACCCAACAUUACUCUCCCAUUAUAACUAUUUAUUUCUCUUUAGCAAUAUGUUCUUAAAGAUGAUACUAUUGCUAGUCAUAUUUACAUUUAGUACCUAUAAUCUAUCAUUAGCCUCAGACCCUGAUCCAGUUACAGACUACUGCAUACCUGAGGUUGCAUCUUCAUCUUCUCCUCUUCAACAAUGCAAGAACUCUUCAUCUGUUAACGUUGAAGAUUUCGUAUUCAACGGAAUAAAGGAUAGUGGGUCCCUCAAGAAAACUGGGUUUUCAGCCUAUUCUGUCAACUCUACUGUCUUCCCCAGCCUCAACACAUUGGGAAUGUCGUUUGUGAGAGCUGAUUUUGAUGUCGGAGGAGUGAAUGUUCCUCAUUACCAUCCGAGAGCAACCGAGGUGGUGUACGUGUUGGAGGGGGAAGUUUAUUCGGGUUUUGUCGAUACUCAAAAUCGAGUUCUAGCCAAGGUGAUAAAGAAGGGUGAGGUUAUGGUGUUUCCAAAAGGUCUGGUGCAUUUUCAGAUGAAUGUUGGGAAGAGGCAAGCUACAUUAUUGGGGAGUUUUAAUAGUCAGAGUCCGGGAACUGUUAGGAUUGCCAACGCAAUUUUUGGGUCUGAGAUCGAUGAAGGUCUGUUGAAGAAGGCUUUUGGAAUGGAUUCUAAGGAGAUCAAGAAGAUGAGGAAGAGAUUCAAUGCUGAUGAGUUAAACUAGAGAUCAUGUUUUAUUUCAUUGUUUUUUUUCUCUCUAAUCAUCUUCAAAUGGAAAAUCAAAGCAUUCAAUUUGGUAAUAUAAAGGAAAUCAAACAUUAUUAUUUCAAUGCAUCAUUUUGUUAGA